AUGGAAUCGUGGGACCCUCAGAAGAUGCUUGACCUUUACAUUCUUGAUUACAUGAAGAGAAACAACAUGCACGAAACUGCUGAGAUUUUCGCCAAUGAGGCUGGUGUUCCUCCAAAUCCAGCUGUGCUUAGUUCUCCUGAAGGUUUUUUGACUGAAUGGUGGUCAGUAUUCUGGGAGGUAUAUUCCUCUAGGCUACCAAGCCAUCAAGAGGCUGGGGAAGAAUCCUCUGUUAAGGCUUCUCAAAUGAUGGGGGACGAGCUACAAAAUGUCUUUCCUAUGAUGAUAAGCCCAGGAAUGAAUCAGCAGAGGGCUGGACAGAUUCCUAAUGAGCUACAAAAUAUCUUUCCUAUGAUGACAAGCCCAGGACUGAAUCAGCAGAGGGCUGGACAGAUUCCUAAUGAGCUACAAAAUGUCUUUCCUAUGAUGACAAGCCCAGGAAUGAAUCAGCAGAGGGCUGGACAGAUUCCUAUUGACUUGCAUUCAAAUUUACGGCUUCUUGAUGUUGACAACUUGACAAUGACCGAGGCAUCUUCAAGCAAUGCUAGCAACCCACAACAGCAAAUCCUGCAGAAGGCUGAGCAGCAGGUGGCUAGAGGCAAUAUACAUGGUGUUUGUUUGGGGAAAUCUUUCCCUAUGGACUCAACCAUCUAUGGAGUACCAAAGGCUAUAGCUCCAACAACAGAACUUCCUGAUGCAGGCUCUUCAACCAACUCCAGCUCCUGA